UUUAUGUCAUUUAACUGUAAAAGCGUCUAAUCGGUUGGUGCAGAAGGCGCCCCGGCGUGCAGGGGCGUUUCCAUUAUCAGCCCAAAUGACGAAACUACCAUCCACUUUAUCUUCUUUGACGAAGGCAUCUUUUCCUUCUUUGGGUUUUCGUUCACUGGCUCGUCAAAUAUCACGUUAAAUGGCGAACUCGCGAAGCGUCACGAAAGAACCGAGUCCGUCCGACGUUUACUUCGGUCCUUUCGUCUUCCGCCAUGGCCGCGUCCGUCUCUCUGGAGCUCACCGCAUUGGUCCUUGCUCAGCAGAACUCUGGUUCUUGUCUUCCCUGUGGGCAUGGAGCAUGUGCAUUUCCUAGCCUUUUAAGAGUUAGUGACAGUGGUUCCUUCAAUCGAUCUGUUAGAGGCCAUAUUGGAAGCUCACAAUUUUAUUCUACUUGUCCCAAAAGUCUUUCUAUUGGGCAGCCAGCAAGAUCUGUUGGACAAAAGAGAAUGGUGUGCUCAAAUUCUAUGGUGCAAGAUCAAGAACUCCAAGCUGAAGUAACUGCCAAGUGUUUCUUUGAUAUAGAAAUUGGAGGUGACCCUGUGGGAAGGAUUGUAAUGGGCCUCUAUGGUGAUAUUGUGCCACUAACCGUGGAAAACUUCCGUGCUUUAUGUACAGGAGAGAAAGGGUUUGGCUACAAGGGAUCAUCCUUUCAUCGAAUUAUUAAAGACUUCAUGAUUCAAGGGGGUGAUUUUGUUAAAGGAAAUGGAACAGGAGGAAGGAGCAUCUAUGGUCCAAAAUUUGAUGAUGAAAAUUUUUCUCUAAGUCAUACUGGUCCUGGUGUUCUGAGCAUGGCAAAUGCUGGACCAAAUACCAAUAGUAGCCAGUUCUUCAUAUGCACUGUCAAGACUCCCUGGCUGGAUAAACGGCAUGUUGUGUUUGGUCAUGUCCUGGAGGGCAUGGACGUUGUAAAAUCGCUCGAGUCCCAGGAGACUAGCAGAAGAGACGUUCCCAAGCUGCCCUGUAGAAUUGUCAACUGUGGAGAAUUGCCCUCGGACAGCUAACUUUUCCUGGGUGCUUUUUCUUUGUUUCAAUUUGCUUGUAGUUUCUUGGGCAGGCCUUUAGCAUGUAGAAAUUCAAGUCUAUUACUCCAUUAGCAUGUUGGCUUUCGAGGAUUUGUUCUUGUUGAGGCGGGUCACCCACCUGAUACCUCAAGUUGCUUGAACGCAAUUUCUGUAAGGAUCUCGUGCAGGUAUUCAUCAUUUGUUCAUUUGGCCUCUGAUAAUCGAAUUUGACAAUAAAUUAUUCUGUGUUCUA